AUAAAAUUUACUUCUAGGUGAUUAGUCUUUUUUAGAUAUGUUUAGUUCAAAAUUGAUUGCUAUUGUAUUACUUUUUUGGCUUGCUUCUCUACAAGCUAUUGAAUGGAAUGGCAACUGGGCUUUCGGAUGUGAUUUUCGUGAUCGUGACUUGGCUAAUGCUCAAAUAAAAGGAGCAGAAUGUGGAGGCAGGUGCUCUACCACACCCCAGUGUACUCAUUUUUCCUGGAACAGCUACAAUGGCGGAACUUGUUGGAUGAAAUAUGGGCCUGUCUCAAAAUCUGAUGCUAUUGAAACUAGCGAUAAAGGCAUGGUAUGCGGAGUAAAUACUGAAAGUAAUGUCAAUAAACGUGAUGUUUUGGCUACUAGACAUGUUAAUGGAGGUGGUGAUGCUUGUGCGUUACCAAGUGCUAACUAUAACGUAAAAUACCCUCUUGCGCUCGGUGAUAUAGGAGCGUUAGGAAAACUCAAAUUUACUCCUGAUUUAUGUGGACAUGUUUUGCAAAUCAAUUGUGGAAAUGGAAACUUAGAUGUCAUAAUAACAAACUCUAAUUAUGGCGGUGGUUUGGAUCUUUACUCAGAAACAACAUGGCCAAAAGCUACAAACAAUCUUCCUCCGGGACAAACUUUAUGUUCCGUACAGCUAUCUUCGGCUAACGCAAUUAACGGUAAAGAGUUUCAGUGCUAUUAUAAACCUGGGACUGGUUCAAACAAUCAUUAUUACCGUAACAUUGGACUUCUCAACACGCGCAAUAAAAUUGUAACCAAAGCAACUAGAAACGGGAUACCAGGCGAGCAUAGAGGAGAUAAUAUUUACUAUGCUUUCGAUGGCCGAGGACAACCAAUGCAACCAAACGAAGAAGUCAUUUUUACUUUUAACGACGGAAGUACAUACAAAGUAAAAUUCAGCGACUGCGUUGAUGUCGGAUCAGAACAAAAUUGGAGAUGAAAUGAAAAAUUAAAUUUAAUUAUUGUAUUUGAAGUUACAGUUACAGUUAUAUUUUAUGUAAUUGUUCUAAAAAUAUUAAACCAUUAAAAUAA